AUGGCUCCCGUCCCAUCCCCCGAAGUCCGCGCCAACAUCGCCGCAAAGAUUGACGCCCUCAUCCUGGCCGUCGAGAAAACCCCCGACUUCACCCGCUCGACGUCCAGCGGCGGGCUGUACCACGUGUGGGACUUUGCUCAUCGCACGCAGUACAUGCUCUUUGAGGUGGACGGCAUUCGACGGGAGGGGUAUGAGUUUAAGCAAGCCGGGCAGAUCAAAAUCACCAAGCGAGGUGAAGCUGCUGCGGAGGAGCUGUAUGACGAUACUUUUACUCGCUCCGUCACGCUCGACCAGCUUAUUAGCGGUCCGCCGUUGAUGCGCAACAUGAUGGGCAUGAACGGAGAGGUUUCGCCCGAGGUUCGGGCUGCGUCGAAGGCGGUUGUGGAUGCUUUCCCGUAG